CGGAAAUUUUAAGAGGCGGACGUUGGAAUAUUUGAUCGAAAAUUUAAAUUACUUUCAAGAACGUUUCAAGUCUUUUUGGCAUUUUAUUUAAUACCCGAUCAUCAACUUUCGUUCGCUUCAAUGAUCAAACUAUGGCCAAUUUAAGAUAUGACUCGCAACAACAAUUUAGCCCAACAGAUCGGCGAAGUUGCUGGGUGUGUUUUGCCUCCGAAGACGAUGACCCAAGAACUCAAUGGACGCAUCCUUGUCGUUGCCGUGGUACAGGUCACUGGGUCCAUCAGUCCUGCCUGCAGAGAUGGGUGGACGAAAAGCAGGCUGGAAACUCGUCUGUCUCUGUUCAUUGUCCGCAGUGCAACACCCCAUACCUGAUUGACUAUCCACCACUUGGCGCCUUCCUGACAAUAAUCGAACAUGUGGACGGCAUUAUUAACCGAGUCUGUCCUCUUGCAACCGCUGGAAUUUUAGUAGGUUCUCUGUAUUGGUCGGCAGUCACUUAUGGAGCCAUAACUAUUUUUCAAGUCCUGGGGCGGAAGACGGGUCUUCGUAUUAUGGAAGAGGCUGAUCCUUUGGUUCUGUUUAUUGGUUUACCGACAAUCCCAUUAACUUUAAUUCUCGCUAGGAUGAUAAGGUGGCAGGACUAUGUCCUAAGAGCAUGGAGACAUCUUACACCUGGUAUGACAGUGUUUAAGUAUUUGUUUCCGGAUGAGUCAAUGGAACAUGAUCAGGUGCCGUUGAGACAGCCCUCUGAGGACACAGUUGUCGAUGCUACGUCAGCAACAAGAAUUAUUUGUGGAGCUUUGUCCUUGCCAUCGAUUGCUUUGUUUUGCGGGAAUUUAUUGUUCCAUCAUAGCCCUUCAAGAACUAGAAGAAUAUUCUUGGGUGGACUUGUGUAUGUUCUCACGAAAGGGUGUAUUAAAAUGUACUACAAACAACAACAAUAUACGAGGCAGUCUAAACGAAAAAUCCGAGACUAUCCUGAUGUUUUCUAAACUUGUAUCACAUACCAUAUGGCCAACUCCUCAGUUUAUACACAUUAGACACUAUUAUUGUACUUAAAAUAUUAUUUUAUUAUGCGUAUAGCAUGAUCAAUAAUGCCCUUUUUAUAUUUUGUUUCACUUUGAUUUAUCAGAAGUAGCCAUCCUUGUAAAUUUUGAGUUCUUUUAAAAAUAGAGAAAAGAAAUAAAACCAGUACAUUUUGCA